AUGCCAAUGGAAGAUGGCUACAAAGUACCAAGAGAGGGGGAGAUUGAAGACAGCAAGCCAUUUCAUGAUCCUAAACUCUAUAGAAAACUUUUUGGCAAAUUGAUUUAUCUUACCAUUACAAGGCCUGAUAUAUGCUUUGUUGUGAAUCAGGUGAGUCAACACAUGCAACUUCCCAAGGAACAUCAAUGGCGCAUGGUGGAGAGGCUGUUGAUAUAUCUGAAUGGCUCGCCGGAUCAAGGAGUAUGGAUGGGGUGCAAUGGAAGCACUGAAGUGGUUGGCUAUUGUGAUGCAGAUUGGGCAGGAGAUAGAGCUGACAGAAGAUCAACAACCGGCUAUUGCACAUUCAUUGGAGGCAACUUGGUGACUUGGAAGAGUAAGAAACAUAAGGUGGUGUCCUGCUCAAGUGCAUAA